UGUUCCCUGCAGAUGUUCAUCAGACUCUGCUGAUCAGAGGAGAUACUCCUGAGGAACAGAGGCCUGAUGUGAACCAGCAGGACCCAGAGCUCCUCCACAUAAAGAAGGAAGAGGAGGAACUGUGGACCAGACUGGAGGGACAGCAGCUCAUUGUAAUGGGGGAGACUGAUGCCAGCAGGUUUUCAUUCACUGCAGUUCCUCUGAAGAGUGAGGAUGAUGAAGAGAAGCCUCUGUUCUCACAGCUUCAUCAGCACCAAAUGGAGGACAGAGAUGUUCCAACCAGCAGCUCAGCUGACCAGAUGAAAGUAGAGGCUGAUGGAGAGGACUGUGGAGGAGCAGAAACCAGUAAGAAACCAGAUGUAAAUUUUCUUGGAGAUGCUUCCAGCUCUUCAGAGACUGAAGUCAGUGAGGAUGAUGAAGAGGAUGAUCAGAAGAAAAUUGUAGAGACACACAGGAAAGUCCAGACAGGACUGAAAUCAUUUAUUUGUGAUGAAUGUGGAAAAAGAUUUAACCAAAAAACAAUUUUAAAAGCGCACAUGAGAAUCCACACUGGAGACAAACCGUUUGUAUGUGAGGACUGUGGACAAAGAUUUAGCUGGAAGACAACUUUAAACAGACACGUCAGUGUCCACACCGGACAGAAACCUUUUGUAUGUAAGGAUUGUGAACAAAGAUUUAGCAGGAAAUCUCAUUUACACUCACACAUGAGAGUCCACACAGGAGAGAAACCUUUUGUAUGUGAGCUUUGUGGACAAAAAUUUAGACAGCUGUCUCAUUUAAACUCACACACAAGCGUCCACACAGGACAGAAGCCAUUUGAAUGUGAGGACUGCGGACAAAGAUUUAGUAUUAAGUCAAGUUUAAACAGACACAUGAAAGUCCACAAAGGACAGAAACCUUUUGUGUGUGAGGACUGUGGUCAAAGAUUUAGACAGAUGUGCACUUUAAACUCACACUUGAGAGUCCACACAGGAGAGAAACCGUUUGUAUGUGAGGACUGUGGACAUAGAUUUAGCCAUAAGACAAAUUUAAACAAACACACAAAA